AUGUCAUCUCCUUCGCUAGCACGUCUGGCGAUCCGGCAAUCAAAGACUCUCGUGCAGCGACGGGCUGCCUCUACCACUACCGAGGCUGCCAAUGCUGCGUCUUCAGGAGCCGCGAAGGCCACGGAAGCUGUUCAAAACACUGCUGCAAAGGCGCAACAGGGCCUCUCGAAGGUGACUAGCAGCGCAAGCUCUACCGUGAGCAACGCCGCUACCGCCGCUGCAAACACUGCUCAAAAUGCCGGCGGUCGCGUUGGCCAGGUUGUCUCUUUCGUUCAAGCAGGUCUUAUCCCUCCGACCAUCUACUACGCAAAAGUUGGUGGUGAGCUUGCAAAGCUCAUCUACACUGGUCGCGGCAUGCAGCCACCAACCCUCCAAUCUGUUCAGUCUUACCUGACACCGCUCCAAAACGCUCUGCGCAACCCGUCCUCGCUCACUUCACCCGCAGCACAGAAGGCUGCUCAGUCCGCCGCUCAGACUGCCGCGCACACCGCCGAGGCCGCUGCUGCCAACCCACAAUCAUUUAUUGCCCGAUUAAGAGAGGGUGACCACGGUGCCCUUUUGACCGUCGGUGUCGUUGCCGCUGAGACUCUUGGUUUCUUCUCCGUUGGUGAGAUCAUCGGUCGUUUUAACAUUGUCGGCUACCGCGGUCAGCCUCCCCACGGAGAUCACUAG